AUGACACCCCCAAUUACAACUGUCUAUGUUACUGUGGGUAGCACAAAAUUCGAUUCCCUCAUCAGGGAAAUGACGAGCGAUGACAUUCUCAAAAUCCUUAAAAAGAAAGGUUGCAAAAAACUUAUCCUACAAGUGGGCAAAGGUAACAAAGUUGACGAGGCAGCUAUUGUCCAACAACAUGGCAUACAAGUGGAACAAUAUGAUUUUAAAAUCGAACCCAAACGUGUGGAUAUUAUAAACUCAGAUUUAGUGGUGGGACAUGCUGGAGCCGGAACAUGCUUGGACAUAUUAACGGCUCGUAAACUUGGUGUGUUGGUUAUCAACGAUCAAUUGAUGAACAAUCAUCAACAGGAAUUGGCGUUACACAUGAAAAAGGAAGGUUAUCUGCAGUGUUGUACCGUCACGGAAUUGAAAUCGACAUUGGAAAGUGUAUUUGUGGACAAACAAAAUACCUAUGAGCCGGGGAAGAAUAUGGACAAAUUUGUUGAAUUUAUGGAUAAUUUAUUAGUCAAUUAAAUAAAUAAUUGAAUUUAA